AUGGCAGGCAGCACCAUGCAGCAGCAGUUGCUGCUGCACCUGCUGCUGCCGCCGUUGCUCUCUCUGGCAUUCUUCCUGUUGGGUGGUCUGCUUCUGCCGCCUAUACUCUCCUUACUGCUGCCUCGGCUGCUCAGACGGGUGCUUAUUAAAAAGGUCACCAGCAGCAGCAGCAGCAGCCGCAACGCAGCCAACAGCAGAAGCCGAAGCAGCAGCUGCAGCAGCAGCAGCAACAACACCAGUCGAGGAGAAGAGCGGCUACUGCCCGCUUCUGUUCUCUCUCGUGAUGCAGGCCGUGGAUCGGCAUUGCCACUUCCAGCAGCAGCGGCAGAAGCCGCCGCAGCAGGAGUGGGCGCACCUGCUGCUGCAACGAUCUGCAGCAGCAGCAGCAGCAGCAGCAGCAGCACGAGGUGUCUGUACUUGACCUGCGAGUCGCUACACCACAGUGGUUUUCUGAGUUUGAAGGAUGCCGUCAUCCUGCUGGAGGAGGAGGUGACCCAACACUGCGCCUCCUGCAGCAGCAGCAGCAGCAGCAGCAGCAAGAUAGGCAAGUGCAGCAGCUGCAUCACAUACAAAAAAAGCGAGACCCGCCUUGCGGUCUCCAGUCUGUGUCUGUCCCUCAGCCGCAACGAGGCAGAGGCGACACCAAGCAGCAGCAGCAGCAGCAGCAGCAGUGAGGACACCGCCCAUUGCAACAAGGAGGCACGAGCAGGAGUAGCAGAUCCCGAAGAUGCAUCAGGUCACUGCGGCAGCAGCAGCAGCAGCAGCAGCACCAGCGGCAGAAGCUGCAGUAGCAGCAGCAGCAGCGGCGGCAGCCGCAGCAGCAGACUGCUGCGGGAGCUUCUGGCGCCCGUCUCCUUUCUCUUCGGCUGUUUGCUGCUGAUUAGGCAGGCACUGCAGCAGAGCAGCAGCAGCAGCAAAAGACCCCUCAGCAGCCGCGUGCUGCUCGCUGCAGGGCGGGUAUCCGUCACCUGCCGUCUUCAGAGCAACAGCAACAGCAGCAGCAGCAGCAACAACACCACCAGCAGCAAUAGCAGCAGCAGCAGACACAUCGGCAGCAAAGAAAGUAUGGCGGGACCUGACGGAGGGAUAGAGGCGCAGUCCGCCCAGCUAGCAGUCACCGCAGCAGAAGAAGCAGCAGCAACAGAAGCAGCAGCAGCAGAAGCAACUGCAGCAGCAGCAUCACCACCAUCACCAAGCCCCAGCUUGCUGCAGUUCGUGCUGCGGCUGUGCCUGCUGCAUGCAGUGGCGAGGACGUGCGCGUUCAGAGCGGGGUGUAUUGAGUUGCUUGGGCUGUUGGUGCUGCCGCCGCUGCCGCCUCCGCAGCAGCAGCAGCAGCAGCAGCAGAAGCAGGAAUCGCGGGAGGAGCAGCAGCAACAGCAGAAACUGCAGCACUCGCGUGAGGAACAACAGAGCAGACAGCAGCAGACGGACUGCAGCAGUGUGGGGGUGCUGCUGACGGCCCAUGAGUUGCUGCUGCUGCCAUCGGCAGCAUUUGCUUCGCUGCGGUUGCAUGCAGCAGCAACAAAAGGGAUUUGCUGCCGCUGCUUCGUUGAUGCAGCAGGCUGUCUCUCCGUGCUGCCUUCUGACCUCUUAACUGCUGCUGUUGCUGCUGCUCGCACCUCGGCGCAGCUUGCUGCAGAAGCAGCAGCAAAAGCACACACCAAUGACAACCGUCCCGCAGUUGGUGCUGCAGCAGCAACAGCAGCAACAACAGCAGCAGCAACAGCAGAAGCAGGGCAGCGAGGACUGCAGCACAAAAGGCCACCGAAGCUGCAGGACAUGCAGCAGGAGGCAGCAGACUGCAGCAGCAGCAGCAACAAUAUCCAGGGUAUGGCGGCUGCUGCGCAUGAACCACUGAACGCUCCUGAUUCGCCUGCAGCUUCACAGAGCAGCAGCAGCAGCAGCAGCAGCAGCUGCAGCAGCAGCUGCUCCCCGGCGAGAAGGUGGUGGUGGCGCGGGGCCACCGAAGCAGACAGUGGAGAUGCAAGCGUCUCUGCUGCAACUUAUUUAUCUCAUAUAAUGUCUCUUUACUGUCUCCCCACAGUAACUGCUGCAGGUCUCCGCGCAGCAACUGCUGCUCCUGCUGCUGCUGCUGCUCCUGCUGAAGCAGCAGAAGCAGCAGCAACCCCAGCAGCAGCAAAGAGGUGGCAAGCGCCGGUAGAAGCUGCUUGCAGGGCACGAGGCGCUCUGUUGCUGCCUGAAGAGCUGCCGCCUGCUGCGUUGCUGCUGCCGCCGCUGCUGCACACCGAAGAAACAGCAGCAGCAACUGUUCUGUUUGACUCAGGCCUCAGCAGCAGCAGCAGCAGCAGCACCAGCACAUGCACUGCCCGCGCGGUGUACGUACACACCAGCGGCACCGUCGCAGUUAACCUGGUAGUGAAUCUUCUGGCCAGGGUCAUUGAGGCGUAUUGGAGGUAUAGGGGCAGCAGCAGCAGCAGCAGCAGCGGCAGCAGCAGCAGCAGCAGCCAGGGAGGCGACUCCGUAGACGGCGGGGAGAGUGGAGACACUCGAAUAGCCAGGAGCACGGCAGCGGCGCGCAGGAGCAGCAGCAGCAGGAGUAGCAGCAGCAGCAGCAGCACUGACAACAGCAUGCAGCAGCACACGCUGCCUGUUAUGGUAUCAGUGCCUCGCUUGCUGCUGCAUGUCCUCGAACGCAGCAGCAGCAGCGCUUUGCUGCUGCAUGCAGACGGCGUGCUGCUGCAGCUGGAGACAUUGGUGCGCCGGCAGCAACAGAAGCUAAAAACAACAAACUGUGGCUUCCAGCAGCAGCUGCAGCAGCUGCAGCAGCUGCAGCAGCGCCUCGCGGAAGAGCAGCAGCGGGACUGCAUGCCACCGCUGUCUUGCUUGAGCGUUGCAGCAGCUAUGAACAACGAAGACAGCGGCGCGGGCGCCAGCAGCAGCAGCAGCAGCAGCAGCACCAUCAGCAGCAGCAAAAUCAUACGCUUUGCUGUCUCUACGGGACUCUGUAGACUCUCCACUGCUCACAUCUCCUCAUGCAGCAGCAAAAGCAGCGACUGA